AUGGCGGUUCAUGGUCAACGAUUCAACCUUGAUUUGGAUGCGGAUAACUGGCAAUUCGACCUGCCUGCGCCAACUUUGAGGAGCACAAAAAGCGGCUUCCCAGAGCAUCGUCCGAAGAAGGUUCAAUCUGCUUUCAAAAAGCAGAAUGCCAGAAAGGCGACUGAUUCUACGAUAGCACAUCCUGGUCCUUCCGACCGUGCUAUCCUAAAUCAUGUGGCGCAGAAGCAGGGUGUGGAUCUGGCCACAGCAAGAACCAAAGCCGACAUUGACGCUGAGAACAGGGACAGAAUCAACCACAUGUCAUUGGAAGAGAUAGAGGAUGCCAGGUCCGAGUUGAUGGCACAAAUAAAUCCAGAAGCACUAAAGAAGUUCUUGCAAAGAGCUAAUGUGGACGACGAAAAUCAGCAGCAGCAGAAAGACUGGGAAGAUCACGAGGCUGGUAGACCGCAAGAUUCCUCGAAGAAGAAUGUCACAUUCGCAGAGCCGAAGGAGGAGUUACUUGAAGAAGACCAUCAACAAGUUGCAGUUGAAGAACACAUCAAUCCCGACAAAGUAGCAGAAACUGCGCAGCUGGAACAUGGCCACAUCCCAGAUCCAAUACCAAAUCCUCCAAGUGUUCAUUUUCCAGCUCCGCCUCGACGCAAAGAAGACUACAAACCACUCGAUCCAUCCUCAGACACCUUCCUCAAAGAUUUACGAGAACACUACUUCCCAGACCUGCCUCACGAUCCUAAUGCGCUUUCGUGGCUGCAAGACCCCUCACCCGAAGAAGACAAAAAUUCGUCAUACAAUCCAGAACGGACCGGCUUUGUACCGUCAGCAAUUCGAUUUGACUUCAGCGGCAAACUCAUACCUCCCUCCCAGUCUUUAGACAUACCAACCACGAAAGGCCUGCAUCACCACGGAGAGGCUCCUAGCAGUGCAGGCUAUACUGUCCCGGAAUUAGCUUUACUUGCGCGGUCAACGCUGUCGAGUCAAAGAGCUGUGGCAUAUCAGGUAAUGGGACGAAUACUGUACAGACUAGGCAGAGGUGACUUCGGAGCCAGAGGCAGCGACCUGAACGAAGGGCUCUGGACUUGCAUCGAGCGAGAAAGAAUUGUCGAGGUUAUGAUGGUUGAGGCAAAUCGUGACAAGGGCCAUCUUUCGGCAAAGGCAUAUGCUACAGAAGCACUGUGGCUCUGGAGACGAGGUGGUGGUGGCGAUAGAGGCGUGCUGAAAGAAGGAGAAAGAAGAGCACUGUAG